UAGUGGUGACUCAUGGCCGCCUGCGUUCUCCCGCUCGCCCUGCUCACUUUAGAGGCCUAAAAUUCUGCUUUAAACUAAUAGAAUGUGUAACAAAAUCACAAUUUUUGCUUUAUUUUAACAGGAGAGCAUCCUAUCCUAUAACUGAUCAAGAACGAAGUUUAUAACCGUGUCGUUCAUUUCCGACAACUUUUAGCACCUACUAAUGAGUAAUUUAUUUGAAAUUUAAAGUUUUAAUGUUGAUUGUUUAAAUUCAAUAUCAAUGACGUCUUUGGGUUAACUAAUAAAUGCCGCAUAUUAUUUCAAAGUUAAAAGACGACCUUCAAGUCGUCUUGCUACGGUAAUGUUUUGCGGGACACCCUGUAUCAGAAACAAUUGGCUUUAUAUCUACAUGUGAAAAUCAAACCCCACCUGCAGGAUGUGAAGAUGUCAGUUUUUAUUCGAUUAACAUGGCCUCAGUUUCCAUUCUCAAGUACCCACCUACAUGUACCUACCUACAUGUCUGCUGAUCGACAAGAUUAUUGAUUGAUUUGGUAUGAUGAAUUUAAUCCCUGCUUCAAGAAAUUGCUGCACAGAGAACCUAAAGUAACAGAUUGAAAAUGUUUCUUUCAUCAUGGAGGGUUCAUAAGAUGAGAUCAAAGGUGUAUGAUCAGAUCAGCUCAUUUCUGGGAUAUUGGAGUCCUGAUAAGGAAAACAAGAUGUACCCCUGGACCCCUGAACCAAGCAAAGUAUCUGACUUUGAUAACUUCAACCCUUUAAAAGAAAAAUUGGGAAUACAGCAGGAGAGUACAAAGAAGAAGGUUGGCUGGGCGAAGAAAAUUCAAUUUAUUCUCAUAUUUCUAGUCAGUUUCGCCAUCCUUAUAGUCCAGGGAAGACAGUGUGUUGAGAACUAUUUAAAGAAAUUAACAUCUACUGGAGAUACAUAUGCUCAUGUAGCAACUUUACCGUUCCCCGAACUGACUAUAUGCCCGACCUAUCCCUACAAGCUAGAUGUUCUUCAGGCCAACGGGAUCCCAUCACAGUCUGCUAUUCAAUUCAACUCCAAUUGGAUUUCGAACAUAAGUUUUAUUUCUCCGAAGCAGUUGUAUGAGUCCACACUUAUCAAAAUUGAAGAAAUCUUAGUUCAGUUGAGAUUGGACCUGGAGGGUUCCUUUAAUGGAAGUUCAAUAAUGUUUAUCAAACCUAAUCAGUUAGUUUGUGGAAAACAGGUGUUUAGAGCAACGGAGUACUACUACAAUGGAAGAUGUUACACAAUGGAAUUGCCCGAUUGCAUUUUACGGUUGGGUGUAUUGGAAGUUAAUAUUGAUUUUAUUGAUAAAACAGAUAUAUUUAUUCAUCAUGAAGGUCAAUUCCUGUCCCCUGAUAGUAGAUCAAGAGUAGAUGUAGACAAAGGAUCCUUUGUGAAAAUAGCAAUCAAUCAUGAGGUUGUACAGUUGCUGCCCGAUGUUGGAACCUGCGUGGCAGGUUAUGGUCCGAAUUUGACCGACAGCUAUGAUGAUUGCAUUUUCUCAAAUCUUUAUGAUCUAAUGAUACAGAAUGUUGGAUGUGCAGUCCCCUUCCUACCAAAUGUAAUCAAUAUCUGCGUAGAAGAGAAUCAAAGACAACAAGCAUUUAACAUUUAUCAAGAAAAUAGAAGGAAUCAGAAGAAUAUUUGUGCAAAUCCUUGCACCUUUACAAAUAUGUACUUUGGACCACCGGUGACGGGAAAAUCCCAAAUUGAAUUAGCAGAUAUCGGGCGAGCAGUGUUCUACUAUAGAAGAUCUGUAAAAUAUACAGAAGAAUAUGUUAGAUAUACUUGGUUAUCCAUAGCAGCUGAGCUAGGUGGAUAUACUGGACUACUACUUGGAUAUUUAUAUAUUUAUAUAUCCAAAUAUACUUGGUUAUCCAUGGUAGCUGAGCUAGGUGGAUAUACAGGACUACUACUUGGAUAUUCUCUGCUGAUCCUUAUAUAUUUAUAUAUCCAGAUAUACUUGGUUAUCCAUAGCAGCUGAGCUAGGUGGAUAUACUGGACUACUACUUGGAUAUUUAUAUAUUUAUAUAUCCAAAUAUACUUGGUUAUCCAUGGUAGCUGAGCUAGGUGGAUAUACAGAAAUACUACUUGGAUAUUUAUAUAUGUAUCUAUCCAGCUAUGCACAGUUAUCCAUGGUAGCUGAGCUAGGUGGAUAUACAGGACUACUACUUGGAUAUUUAUAUAUUUAUAUAUCCAGAUAUAAUUAGUUAUCCAUGGUAGCUGAGCUAGGUAGAUAUACAGGACUACUACCUGGAUAUUCUCUGUUAAUCCUUAAAUAUUUAUAUAUCCAGAUAUACUUGGUUAUCCAUAGUAGCUGAGC